GCACGCUUCUGGAGCUCACUAAUCUGAACCACUCACCAUGAUAUAACAUCUGGAAGUCGUGAUUCCAAAAAGCCUUUACACUGCUGACAGGUCCGACACACCAUUAAGGCAGCCAUGAGGGAUAGACUAAGUAACCUACAGGCUCUUUCUGCAUCCAGAAAUAAUCUGGAAGAGCAGGAAUAUGCAGAUUCAGUCUCAGAUUCAUUCAGCAAUCUGGAACUGGAAGAUGAGUUCCAUCAGCAGGCCAUCGUCUUUGACAACAAUGAGAUGGAUGCCGUGUUCGAUGAGGCUCAAGCUACAAGGCGUGAGAUUCAGUUCAUCCAUCUGGAUGUAAAGCGGCUCAGAGAGCAAAACACACGCAUCCUUAAUGAGCCAACUCGUACUAGCACGGUCAAGCGCGACUCCAAUGCUAUUGCUGCUGACAUUAAAUCUCGUGGGGAGGAUUUGCUGAAACGUCUUCAUGAAAUGGACUCUCAUGCCAAAGAGCUAGAGGAGGAACAUGGUAUCAAUUCGGCUGUAGCCAGGAUUGCUCGAACACAGUAUGCUGGCCUGAGUAACAGCUUCCGUAACGUGAUGAUGGAAUACAACGAAGCCGAGAUGAACCACAGAGAAAAGUGUAAGACGCAUAUCCAGAGGCAGAUGGAGAUUGUAGGGCGAGAGGUGACGGGUGAAGAGAUUGAGGAAAUGCUGGAGAAUGGGCAGUGGAACAUCUUCAGUGAUAACAUUCUCACAGAAGGGAAAACAGCACGAUCUGCACUCACCCAAAUCGAAAGUCGACACCGUGACUUGCUGGAGUUGGAGAACAGACUCCAGAGCAUCCAUGAGGUUUUCCUGGAUGUGGCCAUGCUUGUGGAAGACCAAGGGCCCAUGAUAGACUACAUAUUCACUAAUGUUCAGAAAACUGAUGCUAAAAUUGAAGAAGUCCUGAUUCGACUUGACCGAGCUAAGAGACAUGACAAAAACAACCCUUUCAAGAAGAUGUUCUGUAGCUGCUUUCCAUGCUACAAGUAAUUUCUUUGGUGAAAGAUGCCUGUAUAUUGAUUAUGUGAAUGAUGUUUGGAAUGUCGUUUGUGUUUUUAAUAAUCCCUAUUUCGCUACACUGAGAAAUUAUACAGUAGGUAGCUUUCAUACAGAUAUAAAUAGAUUCAUAUAAAAUGUAGAUGCCACAGCUAUUCACAUAGAUCUGUUUGUCAAUUGCUGGUAUAAUGAACCUAGAGAAAACAAUAGAAUUUUCGUAAUUUUCGUACUCAGUAAAGUAAUGGAUGUUUAAAAACACAAGAGCACAUAUGAUAGUAUAUAAAUUAUCUGUACAGUAUGACACAUGAAUUAUGUCUUUAGAAACUGCAGCUUUUAAAGAUGCUAUGAAGUAGUCAUACAGUUUAAAAUGAAGUAAACUCAUUAAGAUUAAUCAAGUAUUAAGUAUACUGGUAUCAUUGUUCUUUAUCCUUCUAUAUUCUAGUAGUUACAGUUAAUACACCGGGCAGUAUAAGUUAUGUUGACCUUUACGGGAUCCAAACAUGAGGAGAUAAACUCAAAUCAAAGUAGGUGUUUCAGUGCUUUUUGUUGAUGUUAUGGACAUGUAUAUUCAUAUCUCCCUUGUCUCUGAGGCUGGAUAUUACUCUACAGUAGCAGUUCAAAUAGAAAACAUGGUAAGUCACUGUGUAUUUGGCUGUGGGUCUUCCCACACAAUACUCCCUUUUCAGACUGCCCUUUGGUUAGAAUUUAUCCAUUUAAAAUAGAGUGUGAUUUCAUGAAGUCAGAUUAGUUUCAGAGAAGUGUUUUGCCAAGUGUUUUCUCCCUCAGUAACAGUAGGUUGUAAUAUAUUUUAUCAUUUAACAUGAUAUCUAACCCUUCAUCUAUAAGCCCAGCUCCUAGCUGUAAUUAACUUGAAUACAACAAAAAGGUAGUGAAACAUGUUGUUCCUCUGGAUUCAUAUUUCAGAUCUAAAUAUGUUGACAUUCUGACCCAAAUCACAACAAUCAAGACAUUUCAUGGAACCUUCUAAACCACAUAAACCACACAAUAUCAUAAAAUAACUCUUAUUUUGUUUUUGGCCUAGUAAACUUUUAAGAUCAGACAAUGGUUGAACUAGAACAUACCACACAUUCCUUAUAAAUGAGAUAAAUAUGUAUGACAUUUAGGCCAAGAUCUUCACACAGUCUGCAUUACCAUCUUACAAGAACACAUUCUUCCAUCUUCCAAAAGUAAAAUAAAAAUUGAACCACAUCAA